AUCAUCACCUCUGCCUGUUUGACUACCGCAGAAUUGUAAGUAGUGGUGCAUUAUUGUGUGCUGAAUCCCUGAGAGGUAGAAGCUCCUUUCCCUAGACUUUGACAGUUCAUUGGUUUGGGUAUGCAGGACAGCGAAUCCAACAAAGCCAAAUAUACGUGAGAAUUCUACCUCCGAGAGAAGAAACAUACAUCCGAUACCUAAUACACUACUUUUUUUUUUUCUUUUUUUCAUUAUCAAUAGAAGAAGGUUCACAAUUUUCUUUUUCUUUUUUUAAGACUUGACAUCAAAUCAUCACCUCUGCCUGUUUGACUACCACAGAAUUGACAGCGAAUCCAACAAAGCCAAAUGUGCUUUCAAAUCAAAGUGUCAAGGAAGUCUGUCCCUAUUGGGCAGAUUAGUUUUACUAAUUUCUGUUGUUUGUUUCUGCAACAUUGAUUUCAUACCCUUCUAGUUUUAUAGUCCCAAAGGUAUGUACUAAGCACCAAAUACUAGAAAAACAAGGUACGGCAGUUUGAUUUUUUUAGUUUUUGGAUUUUUUGGUUAUAUUACUAUAUAUACUCGGUUUUUUAAGUACUAAUAAGUAUACUUUAAAGUUUAAUCAACUUUAGCAAUCAAGCAAAACAGCAAGCUGGUCUGUUGGUCUCAUCUCAGAAACUCAAGAACAGCUUGCCGGCUUUAACGGUUGGUCACAACUCACAACCAUGCAAGUUGGGCCUACUCUGUUAAUGAAUUUGGUCCUUUUCAUGUGGGUCUGAUUCCCUUUAUAUUUUUCUCUUGCUUUGUUUUCUUUCUCUUUGUAUUGUUUCCCCCGUGAUUUUUAUUCCAUUCGAACCUCCAUGCUUAUAGAUGGAACUGAGAAAUACCACUGAGACCUCUUGGCAAGAGUUGACGUUAGUGUCAAAGGUAUCUUCAUAGGGGGGAGAGAGAGAGAGAGAGAGAGAGAUGACAGAGGUAGAAGGGAAGCAAAGAGUGUGUGUGACUGGGGCAGGAGGAUAUUUGGCAUCAUGGGUCAUAAAGUUCCUUCUCUCAAAGGGGUACAUGGUCCAUGGAACUGUUAGAGACCCAGGUGAUAUGAAGAAUGCUCACUUGACAAAAUUGGAAAACGCUUCAGAGAAUUUGCAACUUUUCAAGGCGGACUUGCUUGACUAUGAAGGUCUUUGUGCUGCCACUGAUGGUUGUACUGGGGUUUUCCAUGUUGCCUGCCCUGUUCCUGCCCGAAGCAAUGUUCCUAACCCUGAGGUAGAACUAAUUGAACCAGCUGUUACUGGCACAAGGAAUGUACUAAAUGCAUGUACGAAGGCAAAAGUGAAGAGAGUCGUGGUUGUUUCAUCUAUUGGCGCUGUUGUGUUCAACCGCAGUUGGCCCAAGGAUCGGCCCAUGGAUGAGGAAUGUUGGUCUGAAACGGAGCUCUGCAAAGCAGUUCAGGAAUAUUAUUGCCUUGGCAAAACAGUUGCGGAAAGUGAAGCUUUGGAGUAUGCAAAGAGUAGUGAAUUCAGCAUUAUAACUGUUUGUCCAUCCAUUAUUAUCGGGCCACUGCUGCAACCUACAAUGAAUGCCAGUAGCUUAUUUCUCCUAACACUUUUGAAAGGUGGAAUCGAAUCACUGGAAAAUAAGGCCCGACCUGUUGUAGACGUGCGAGAUGUGGCUGAAGCGUUGUUGCUUGCAUAUGAGAAGCCUGAAGCAAAAGGGAGAUAUAUAUGCACAUCAUAUGUAAUAAGAAUGCAAGAUUUGGUAAACAAACUGAAGAGCUUGUAUCCUAACUACAAUUACCCUAAAAGUUUCACUGCUAUAGAGGAAGACGUGAAGAUGAGUUCAGAGAAAUUGCAGAAUUUGGGUUGGAAGUAUCGGCCACUAGAUGAGACAAUUGUCGAUGCUGUGAAGAGAUAUGAAGAGAGCGGUUUCCUGAGUAAGGACCAGGACUACGGGACUAGCCACCUGCUUUGGCCAAGAAAGGUCUCAAAUCAGUUAUAGCUUAUGCAGCUUAUGUCAAAUAUAUCUUUGGAUUUGUAAUUUUUAAUCUGAAGUAUAAAAUUGAUCCAUUUCAAAUAAAUAAUAUCUUAAUGCUAGCGUGGUCCUAUUCAAUGAUUGUAAAAUUUUGUAUCUAUUUUAAAUAAGGACUCAUUUCAUGAUUAAGAUUUAAUAUUAUA